CUGGCUGCUAGUAUCGAGAAGUCAUGGCGUCGGUUCCAGAUAAAGCAAGGGGAUACGCAGCAGUACCGAGUCCCAGUAGGACCAAACAGCCUUUUGUUGCUUUUCCGGAUGCAUCGUAGGCGAUCUAACUUGAAAGCUGCUGCGAUGAACUCAAUCCAGUUAUCAGACCGUUUUGUUUGGAUGCUUUACCUGCACCCCGCCUGUUCAUUCACAUUUCAUUUCAGCUCGACGAUGCAAUACGAUGAGUUGUCUCAACAAACCAAGGCAUUGUUACACCGUGUUCCAAACGACCUUGCCAACUUAGAACAUAGUAUCGCUGGCAUCACGUCGUUGCAUCAAGUUCCGGAAAUAAGCAAGGCGAUCAGUGAUGUGUAUUCAAACCUGAAGCAUAUCUGUUCCAACAGCGACCGGCUGGCGAACCUACUCCUCACUCUAGAGCCGGUGUCACGCCGAUCCCAGCUGCGCCUCUCGUUGGAUCAGAUGCGACACGAGUGCAAAUAUCAUCUGUCCAGUCUACAGGCGAUAGAGCGUAAACAGGCUCUCAAACAGCGCCAACUCAGUGAACGUGAAGAGUUAUUGGCCCAUGAAUUUAGCACAAAUGCUACUUUGCGCGGCAGUUCCAGUACAACUGUGGUCAAACUUGAAUCUGACUUAGAGCAUCACUCGCGUCUGUCUGCCGCUAGUCGACAUUUGGAUGGUAUCCUAAUGUCCGGUGCAGCGAGUCUCGCUAGUUUGAAAGAACAAGGCCUUACUCUAAAGGGAGCGCAGCGCCGUGUUUUGGAUCUAAUUAAUACACUGGGACUAUCCAACACUGUAAUGCGGCUUAUCGAACGCAGAACUCAUCAAGAUAAAAUUCUUUUUUGGCUCCUGGCUGCUGUAACUCUGUUUUUAAUGUAUGUGAUAUGGCGCACGAUCCGUUGAAUCUGCUCGCUAUUUUGAGGAGAGUGCAUUCCCCACACUGUCUUUCAAAACAUCCAGGUGUACCGAUUUUCGGCUCCACUGUACUGUUAUUUCACUUUUGCAUUAUCUUCACACUCUACCUCAUUGCGCCGCUGGAGUUCUAAUAUUUUCCCACAUGUGACACUCGUUUUUGUUGGCCCGCGGCGCAAUAGCUAGUUAUGCGUACCAACCAUCUGGCUGCGGACACAGCAUUUAUUUUUGCAGGCCCUGCUAGUUCGCAAGACAUUCGUUUGAGCCUGAGAGCCAUCGUA